AUGGACGCUCUACUAGCUAAAGCUGACUCCCUUUCCUCGGCAUCCAAAAAGCGCAGACGGCCUACACAGGCGACGAGCAAUAGCGCCUCAACUUCGGACUUGACAUAUCAGUCUCUUGUAAAGCAGACGUCUCUCCCAAAAUCCCUGCGACCGACAAAAACUAUCGAGAAUGUCCCUACUCACAACCACAUAGCGAACAAGAAACUUCGGAACAAGCUUGCUCGAACUUCAACACAUGCAGCUCAGUCUAAAGCCUUGUUGGAAGAUGCCGAACUGCUCUUAACAUCAGAAGCAGGUAAAAUGGAGGUUGAAGGGGAGAUGGAAAAGACAUGGCGUGUUGGGCAGUCUGAGAUAGUAGAAAGUACCGGCCAAGAGGCUGCUUUAGGCAGAAAAGAGUGGAAGUUAGAUGGUGGUCCGUAUAAGUCACGGCAUACGCGGAACGGCCGACACCUUGCGAUCAUCGGAAGAGAUGGCCAUGCUGCGACGUUUGACUGGCUCACUGGGCAACUGCAUGCUGAACUCCAGCUGCAGGAAACAUGUCGCGAUAUCACGUUCUUACAUGAUCAAUCUCAUUUUGCAGUGGCGCAGAGGAAGUAUGUAUUCAUCUACGACAGAGAUGGAGUCGAACUCCAUUGUCUAAAAGCGCACAUCGAACCGACAUGCCUGGAAUUCCUACCAUAUCACUGGUUACUUGCAACAAUCGGUAACGCUGGCUAUCUCAAAUACCAAGAUACGUCAACCGGCCAACUAUUGGUCGAGCACCGCACAAAGCUGGGAGCAUGUACUACAAUGACUCAAAACACGCACAACGCUGUGAUACACCUGGGCCAUCAAAACGGCUGCGUCACGCUGUGGACACCGAAUCUACCUCAUCCGGCUGUUCAGCUUUUAGCCCACCUCGGACCGGUUACCAGCGUCGCUGUAGAUCCAAGUCAGGCAGGGAGAUACAUGGCUACUGCAGGACGCGACUCGACAGUGAAAGUAUGGGAUUGUCGGAACUGGAAGGGUGCAGUAAGAGAAUGGUCGGCGAGAGGAGGGAGCGCUGACCUGGAUUGGAGUCAGCGGGGGUUCCUGGCUUCUGCGAGUGGUGGAACAGUGAAUGUCUACUCAACGUCGUCUAUACAUUCAGCCUCGACCACAAAGGCACCUCCCCCGCUGUAUAUCACCCAUCCCGUCCCCCAUCGCCCUCUGACUUCCGUACGAUUCACGCCAUUCCAGGAUAUCCUUACUAUUGGCCACGCCGCAGGGCUAUCAAGUAUCCUGGUACCAGGUGCUGGCGAGCCGAACUUCGAUAGUUCUGAAGCUGAUCCAUUCGAGAACAAGAAGACGAGACGAGAACGUGAAGUCAAGGCGCUUCUAGACAAGAUCCAACCUGAUAUGAUCGCGCUGGACCCUGAAUUUGUUGGAUCCUUGGCACUACCAUCAAAAUUGGUUACUGACACCACGAGCACGCCGUUUGCGCGUUUGCCGAGGAUACAACGGCUGAAAGUAUCCGGAAAGGCGGAUGAAACGGAAGAGGUUGAGAGCGAGGUCGAAGGAGAUCAUGGAAAGAAGGAGUCGAGAGAAGAGAGAGAAAAGAGGAAAAUGCGUGGUAAAGGCAAGAGUCUAAAGAGGUAUCUGAGGAAGCAGCGGAAGAAUGUCAUUGAUCCUACAGUGGUGGCUAUCCGGGCUAAAUUGGAGAAACAAAAAGAAGAGAAACGACGGGCAGCGGCAGGCCAAACAGAGAACGAUAAACCAUCUGCGUUGGAUCGAUUCAAGAGGAAAAGUUAG